UGGACUAUAAUAUUAUAGUACCUAUUACCGACCGCUGUAAUGCGACUGCCGACGACUGAGCUGCACAUCGCCGCCAACUAGUUUUCCGUACGCACAAGCGACCACGACCGGCGGCGUCAAUCGCAUUCGCACAGCGACCGCGACCGCGACCGGCAGUUUUCGUUCGUUUGCGCAGGACCGUACCGAUCUCCUCGAUACGAACACGCACACAGUUUGGUUACUGUUGUAACACCUACAAUUGCCACAAUAUACCGGAAAUCGUUUUCAUACGGUUUUCCAAGUCUUUCCGCGCACCGAUUUCUCAGGUCGCGGAGCUUUUCGUCCACGGCGUCACACCACCCCACCAGGACACAUCAUGACGACAGACGAAUGGGGAUACGAAGAGUUUAACGGACCAUCGGUCUGGCCAAAAUUCUUUCCACAAGCCGGCGGUUUGUUACAAUCACCAGUUAACAUCGAAACUUCGAAAUCUACCAACGACAUGACCCUAAACUGUAAACCGUUGUACUGGAACUACUGCCCUGAAAUGUGCACAAAAAUUAUCAAUACCGGAUAUGGUUGGAAAGUGGAUGCUACCGGUGGUGAAGGAUCAGAACUCUCUGGUGGUCCACUGGGACAUAAAUACAAAUUGGAACAGUUUCAUUGCCACUGGGGAUGUAGCAGCGCCAAAGGAUCGGAACACACUGUUGAUGGAAUUCCUUAUGCGGGCGAGUUACACUUGGUCCACUGGAAUUGUGAUAAGUACAAUUCGUUCGCCGAAGCCAUUGCACAUCCAGAUGGUUUGGCAGUACUUGGAGUGUUCUUACAGGCUGGAACCGAAACUCACGACGAAUUGGAAAAAAUUGUUUCAUUGAUUCCACAGGUUGCCUUACGGAAUCAAACUGCUGAAAUAACCAAUUCCAUUGAUCCAACAAAUUUGUUGCCUGAGGACGUAACUUACUGGACAUAUCAUGGUUCACUGACAACUCCACCAUGUUCAGAAUGCGUCACAUGGAUCAUGUUCAAGAGCCCCUUAGAAGUCUCCGAAAAACAACUGAACGCGUUCCGAAGCAUGAGGACAUGGACGCCCGAAGAAUGUUGCUCUGAAGCGCACGGAGGACCCCAGCUGGUCAACAAUUACAGGCCGCCACUGCCACUUGGCAACAGAGUGCUCAGAGAGUGCGGUGCCAUGUGAGACGACCAUGCCGGACAAGCAUAUUAUUAUAUUUUGUAUUUAUUGUUUAAUUAUAUUACUGGCCGCCAUCGCGAUACACAAGCCCGACCGACGGCCUCAGCAACAAACCACCGCCACCACCAGCACCACCGGAAGCUAAUGUAUACGGAACGAUUUAUUUUAAACAAUUUCCUUUUUUUUUUUUACGCGUUUUAAAAUAUAAUAUAAUAAUAUGCACAAUCGACGAACGUCAUCAUCAUUAUUUUUAUUAUUAUUAUUAUGUUGAUACUUCGCAACGCGAUUUUAUAAUUUUUUUUCUAUUUUAAUCAUCAAUUUAUUAUAAUUGAUAUAUUUUUAAUUAAAUAUAUUAUAUAGGUAGGUACCUAUAUGAUAUUAUACGCAUUAUAUAACUAACAAGUGGGUCCACCUUAACAUUUUAUUUUUCGUAAUCGUAAUAUAACGUUAUUGAGAGUGUUGUUUUUUUUUAAAUUAUAUUAAUUUUUUUCUAUCAUUCUAUAAUACGAUUUAUUAUACGAUUUAUCUAUAUUAUAAUAUUUUAUUAUUCUAAUAAGAUUGUGUAAUACACAGUAUGUAUAUUUUGAAUGAAAUUACUAAAUAGUUUUUUAAACACAAAUAUACAGAGUUUUGAUUUAUUUA